AUGAGUCAGGCCGGCAACAAAGGCUUGGCGUUGAACCUAAACGUCCGGCAUGCGACUUUGAGCGUCGGUGCAACGGCUGUCACUGCUCGCACCUGUCUCUCUUUCGGCAUGACCAUGGCCAAAGUACCAUCUGCUGCCCAUGAUAAUGAUGAACCUCGCGCUCAACCGACCGAAAGAGCCCACGUGCUGGUGCACGCCGCUGCGGACGCGCCGCUGGAGAAGACGCUGGCAGUCGCCGCCAUCAUGGACGGCACACCCUCCGGUGCCUUGCUGUCCCCGACCGUGCUGCUGCAGGACUUGCUGGACUCGCCAACCGUGGCCUCCCUGGGCGAGCUGCUGGCCACCAAGACGCUGGUGGCUGCAGGAGACAAAGAGCGUGGUGAAGACGAUUUCCGUGGCCAUUGUAGGCACGCUGGACACCGAGGGCGAGCUGCUGGAGACCAAGGACGUGCUGGACCCGAAGACCAUGGCCCCGUGGACGAGCUGCCGAAGCCCAAGGGCGUGCAGGGCCCGACGACCGUGGCCGAGCUGCUGGACCCGAAGACCAUGGCCCCCGUGGACGAGCUACCGAAGGCCAAGGGCACGGUCAAGCUGCUGUACACCAAGUGCGUGAAGCGCGGGACGCCCGUGGCCGAGCUGUGGUACAUCGAGGGCACAACCAAUAUGUCUGGUGCAGAAGCGAACGUUUUUGUAUCCAAGAGUGUGGAACGCUGCAAGAAUGCCAGUACCUCUGUCUGA